AUGGCGGAAUUUGAGAAAGUGCAUCGUGGACACACCAAAGUGGCAACGUGGAUGUACGUCAUCGAUGUGAGUAAUUUUAGUGCAGAAAUUUUCAAUGGGGAGAUUGAACUUGCGGAAUGA